UGUGGCCAUGAAGUGGGUCCGAAGUCUUGAGCUAUCCUAGCUAAACCAGUAAAACACUUAUCCAGCUAGCUUGUUUCUUUUGAGCCUUAUCUGUCAACAGUCGAUAUUAGGAUGCUGUGUUAUUAACCGUCGUGGCAUCCAGUGGUAUCACAGGACUACUUCCUUCAGAACUGCCAGUUUAAAAUUCGACAUCGGACGUUUUAACUGGGACGUUGGCGCUAUCGGAAGCUCCACCAUGGUGCAAAAGUAUCAGUCCCCUGUGCGGGUAUACAAACACCCAUUUGAGUUGGUGAUGGCGGCGUAUGAGAGGAGGUUCCCCACCUGUCCACUCAUUCCCAUGUUUGUGGGCAGUGAUGUUGUCAGCGAGGAGAAGAGCGAGGACGGCUCCACACACAAGAUCGAGCGACGCUGUAAACUGGACGUGGACGCCCCUCGGCUCCUGAAAAGGAUUGCGGGGGUGGACUAUGUAUAUUUCAUUCAGAAGAACUCACUCAACCGUCGCGAGAGAACUCUACACAUCGAAUCUCACAACGAGACCUUUUCCAACAGAGUUAUCAUCCAUGAGCUAUGCUGUUAUUCAGUUCACCCUGAGAAUGAAGACUGGACGUGUUUUGAACAGUCUGCCAGUCUGGAUAUCAAGUCAUUCUUUGGCUUUGAGAGCACAGUGGAAAAGAUUGCCAUGAAACAGUAUGCCAGCAGCAUCAAAAAGGGUAAAGAGAUUAUCGAGUAUUACCUGAGAGAGCUGGAGGAGGAGGGCAUUACCCACGUGCCCCGCUGGAGCCCAAACUCGGCUUCACUCGCUCAGCCCAUUAUCACAGUGACCCGUCCCGCGCCACCAGCCACGCCCGCCAUCGCCAUCAGCGCCCCCCCAGACAGCUCAAAGGACGCCCUGGUCUCUAAGGAGGGCACCAGCCCGCCGGGGAGCCUCAACGAACCCCUUACGGGAACCCCUGAUGAUAAGUUGGAUGCGGACUACAUCAAGCGUUACCUAGGUGACCUCACACCUCUUCAGGAGAGCUGUCUGAUUCGUCUGCGCCAGUGGCUGCAGGAGACUCAUAAGGGCAAGAUCCCUAAGGAUGAGCACAUCCUGCGUUUCUUGCGGGCGCGGGACUUUAACAUGGACAAAGCCCGGGAGACUCUGUGCCAGUCGCUCACCUGGAGGAAACAGCACCAGGUGGACUACCUGCUGGAGACCUGGAACCCUCCGCAGGUCCUGCACGACUACUACACCGGCGGCUGGCAUCACCACGACAAGGAUGGUCGUCCUCUCUACAUCCUUCGCUUGGGCCAGAUGGACACGAAGGGUCUGGUCAGAGCCCUGGGAGAGGAAUCGCUGCUCAGACACGUCCUGUCCAUCAACGAGGAGGGACUGAGACGUUGUGAAGAGAACACCAAAGUGUUUGGUCGACCGAUCAGUUGUUGGACAUGUCUGGUGGAUCUGGAAGGCUUGAAUAUGAGGCACCUGUGGAGACCAGGGGUCAAAGCGCUGCUGAGGAUCAUAGAAGUGGUGGAGGCCAAUUACCCAGAGACACUUGGCCGUCUGCUCAUCCUGAGGGCUCCCAGAGUCUUCCCUGUGCUCUGGACCCUGGUCAGUCCCUUCAUUGAUGAAAACACUCGGAAGAAAUUCCUCAUCUACGCUGGCAAUGACUACCAGGGACCAGGCGGCCUGUUGGACUAUAUUGACAAAGAGGUCAUUCCUGACUUCCUGGGAGGAGACUGCAUGUGUGAGGUCCCGGAAGGCGGUCUGGUCCCCAAAUCUCUGUACAGAACAGCGGAGGAGCUGGAGAACGAGGACAUCCGUCUUUGGACGGAGACCAUCUACCAGAGCGCCAGCGUCUUCAAGGGGGCUCCACAUGAGCUGUUGAUUGAAAUCAUUGACGCGUCCUCGGUCAUCACCUGGGACUUUGACGUGUGUAAAGGGGACGUGGUCUUCAACAUCUAUCACUCUAAGAGAGCUCCACAGCCGCCCAAAAAAGACCCUCUGGCCGCCCACGGCAUCACAUCACCGGGGGGCAACAAUGUGCAGCUUAUCGAUAAGUCCUGGCUGCUGGGGCAGGAUUACAGCAUGGUGGAGUCUCCACUCACCUGUAAGGAAGGAGAGAGUGUACAGGGUUCACACGUGACCCGAUGGCCAGGUUUCUACAUCCUCCAGUGGAAGUUCCACAACAUGCCCGCGUGUUCGGCCACUAACCUGCCCCGCGUGGACGACGUCCUGGCCACCCUGCAGGUCUCCUCUCACAAGUGUAAAGUCAUGUAUUACACCGAGGUCCUGGCCUCUGAGGACUUCAGGGGCUCAAUGACCAGUCUGGAGUCCAGUCACAGUGGUUUCUCUCAGCUCAGUGCCACCACCACCACCUCCAGCCAAUCACAGUCCAGCUCCAUGAUCUCCAGGUAGAACUCGACGGUCAGAGCGACACAAACCCCUUCUUUAAACAGCAGGACCUACACCUCAACCACAA